CCAUACAAAGUAAGUUACUCAAACAAGAUGGCGGUCUUCAAUCAGACUAUGGACGUGACUCAAUCAGGGUUCAUCGUAAAGGAAACAGACAGCGAAAGAGGGCGUGCAUUAUUCGCAUCGAGAGAUUUUAAGGAGGGUGACACCAUAUUUGAAGAAGACCCGCUUGUCUGUAGUCAGUUUUUGUGGAAUGCUGCGUAUUCGUACACCGCUUGUGAUCAUUGCAUGCGGUCCUUGGAGACUGCUCAAGAUAUGGCGAGGCGGCUUAGCAGCAACCCAACACUAGAACUUCCCUACAGUGCAGAGUGUUGUGCAGUUACAAAAGCUGGCGAACCAAUCAGUUAUUGCCCUCAAUGUAACGUAGCUUACUGCAGUGAGAAUUGCCGUAUCAAAGCUCUUGAUCAGUACCACCGCAUACUUUGCCUUGGCACCUCCACUCCAGAUCCUAACCACCCAUUAGUCAAGCUGCAAGAAACAUGGAAAAACAUACAUUAUCCACCUGAAACAGCAAAUAUAAUGCUUAUUGCUAGAAUAAUGGCUACCAUUCUUCAGGCAACUAACAGUGAUGUUAAAAAAGGGUCAUUCAGUCAUUUUUGUUCGAACGUUGUCAAUAAAGAGCAGCAAAUUGCACACAAGCUUUUAGGCCUACAUUUCCAGGAGCAGCUUGAUAUGAUAAGAAUUCUUCUGUCUGAAGCCAUGUAUGAUGAUAGACUUGAGCAGUGGUUUACACCAGAAGGAUUCUCAUCACUAUUUGCACUAGUCGGGACAAAUGGACAGGGAAUAGGAACAAGCUCACUUAGUUUGUAUGUGCACAAUAUUGACAGUUACCCUGCACUGAGUGAUGAUGAAAGACAAGCAAUAGACAUUUUCCUUAAUCAGCUUUAUGAAGAAAUGGAGAGAGUAUCAGGGCAGUUUCUGAACUGUGAGGGGGCAGGCCUCUACGCUCUUCAAAGUAGUUGUAAUCAUAGUUGUGCACCAAAUGCAGAAGUGACCUUUCCAAAAAAUAACUCAACUCUUGUGUUAAAAGCUCUGCAUCCUAUUAAAAACGGAGAGGAAAUUUGUAUCAGUUAUCUUGAAGAAUGCCAAAGAGAAAGAAGUCGUCAUAGCAGGCUGAAGUAUCUUAGAGAAAAUUACAUAUUUGACUGCACUUGUACUAAGUGUGAGCUGCAAGCAAAUGAACCAGAUGAGUCAUCUAGUGACGGUGAUGAUGAACAUGAUGACGAAUGAGCCAGAUGUCUAGUGACGAUGAUAAAAAUGGAUAGUUGUUUAAAGGGCAUGAGCAUGGAAGCUCACGAAUGAAAGAUAAUUAAAUAAAUCGAACCAUGGUCCAA